AAAUGAUGUACACUUAUAAUGUACAUUGUACAUCAUGGGUGAUCUGUAAUUUACGAAGACAAGUGUGCAAGACGUGUGUGUGGUUUUUAGUUAAAUUUCAGCUGAUUGUAUAUUGAUAAUGGCUGAUACAGAGGUAUUAAAGAAAUUAAAAGAUAUUCCAUUUAAAAUCCAGACAGCAAGUUUAAAAGGGAGACUUGAAGUAGUUAAUGAAAUACGUGAAAUUUUAUCGUCGCCAGGUAUAACAGAACCAGCAGUAAAGUUUGUUUGCCGAGUGCUAGCUCUGACAUUGCACAGAUAUAGAGAUACAACGUCCCAAUCUUACAUCAAGAGUCUUGUGGCUUUCCUUGCUACUGAGCACACAGAAUGGGCAUUUAAGAAUUUAUCACCCGUAUUACUAGAGAUAUCAGAACAGCUGAAAAACAACUCAACCUCAAAAAGCAACAGCCAGUCAGGUCUGUUUGCACUUCGAUGGUCUAGUGUACUGGUUGAGUCUUCACCGAAAUCCUUAGAGCAUGAAGUGGACCUGAACUCAUUGAUACUUGCGCAGGCUAAUUUACUAGCCACUGUUUGUGCAUAUGGCGAUAAGAAGAAGAAUAAAAAAGCUUAUUCUGUGCUACAUGCGGUAUGGAGUAAAAUAGGAAAAGAGAAAGUACUGAAAUGGGUGGAAACAUUACUAGCACAGCCUGGUGACAGCGGACCGCACAUCUCAGUGACAUUCUCUGCUCUCUGUGCUCAUUAUAAGGAUAUAGGAGAUGAAUCUAUUAUAACAUUACAUAAGGCCAAAAUGUUAGAAAAUUUUACUAAAAGUCUGAUCAGCGUGAAGUCCAGGCCAAAUGCGAACUACAUCAAGGGCUGCUCUGACCUCCUGCACCUGCUCAGCGAGUCUGAUAUCCAAGACACAUUACUGCCGGCUCUGCACAAAGCCAUGCUCCGGAGUCCGGAAACGAUCGUUCAAGCUGUCGGAGAAGUGGUUGCCAAUCUCAAUAUCUACCUGGAUGGCGUGGCUGUUGAUAUCGGAAAGAGUUUGAUAGUGAAUCUCCAUUCUAAAGACGAGUGGGUCCGCGCGGAGGCGCUGAGUGCGCUGCACCGGCUGGCGGCGCGCACCCGCACCGCGCCCGCCGCCGCCGCGCUGCUCGCGCACGCAUUCGCGGAGUACAACGGCGCCAGCGGGAAACUCACUUCCAGCGAAGAUAAGAUUGCAGUUCUCAAUGGAGUACGCGCCCUGAGCCAGCUGGCCGUCGCCCCGGAGGACAGACGGGCGCUGUUCGCGGAGACGGCCGCCCACACCGCGCGCAUACUGGACUCCGAGUCCCACGAGCGAACCUUGUGCGUGGCCCUGGACGUACUGCAGCACUGGACCACAGGCCUGGAUGGACCGCUGCCCGAUGUCAUUCUUGAGAUAUUCACGAAGAACAUAUCGGCGAAGAGCAGCACGCAGACCGUCCGCACGGCGUACACCAGCCUGCUGGGCCGCGCGCUGCGCCGCUGCGGGCCGCCCGCCGCCGCCGCGCCGCUGCACGCGCUGCUGCUGCAGCCCGUCGAGAGGGCCGCGCUGCAGCCGCUGCAGAACGCCACAGUAAGCGAGGGUAUCUGCGCGAUGCUGGGCCUGGUGCUGCUGGACGAGUCCCGGCAGCUGCCCGGCAAGUCCUCGUGCUGGGCCGCCCUGCUGCACCCGGACAAGCACGUGCUGCUGCACGACAGGGUGCUCGCCGCCGCAUCCGAACACGUCCUCAUACAGGUGGCGUUACUGUGCAGAACGGUGUUGGACCACUACCCGAGUGUUGCCAGCGAACCAAACUCCCCGAUCUACAGAGCCUUCAUUAUGGUCCUACUGUCUACCGUGAAGCCAGUUCGAGAAGUAGCACUGCAAGAAGUCAGAGCUUUACUCGCAAAGCGAGAUAAAGCGGCAACGGCCAAGCACUUAGUGCUGAAGCUGAACGAAGUUCUGGAUGAAGGAAAAAUCUUCCAUAUUAAAGAAAAGUCCCCCUCGGACGAGAAAGGAGCUGAGGUCACCGGGAAGAUGAUACUAGACUGCGCGCAUGCUCUUUGCUCUUAUAAAGACUAUCCCAAAGAAGAGCUGGAGAGCAUCGCGCUGUCGGCGUUGCCGUGCAGCCACCACCCGUUGGUAAAGGCUGGAGCUCCACGAGCCUGGGUGAAGAUGGUCUCAUCACUCGGUCUGCAGCCGAAAGAGCUGGUCACUCUUUAUGCCAAUAACUUGAAGAAUACAUACAUCAACGGCUUUACGCCUAGUGAGACUGUGUCGAGCGUAGUGGAAACGCUGGUGUCGGUGGGCCCCGACGGCAUGUCGUCGAGCGCCGUGCAGGCGGCGCUGGUGUGGCUCCAGGACCCGCAGCUGCAGCGCGUCACCAGGGACGAGUACUUCGUCUACCUCACGCCAGACGACGACAUCUAUGACAAGUCCAGCGUGCCCGGUAAUGAAGACAACAAAGAGAUGAAUUUGAAACGAGAGAGCAAAGCGUACAGCUACAAGGAGCAGCUCGAAGAGUUGCAGCUGCGCCGAGAGCUGGACGAGAAGAAACGUAAAGAGGGGAAAAUUAAGGAGACGCCGUUAUCUGCUAAACAAAAAGAAGCCAUAAAAGCGCAACUGGCCAAGGAAAGUGCGGUCAGGAAGAGGCUCAGUGUGUUGAACGAACGUUUAGUUUGCGCCGUGGGUCUGCUGGAGGCGGUCCAGCGAGGCUGCCCCUCCGCCCUGCGCAGCAGUGCGCGGCGCGUGGUGUCCCGCGUGCUGGCGGCGCUGCGCAGUCCGCUGGCGGCGCCGCGCCUGCUGCCCGCGCACCGCCGCCUGGGCGCCGCGCUGCUGCCCGCGCGCCUGCCCGCCCCGCUGCGCGACCACGUCACCCGCACCACGCUCAGGCUCUAUAAACCUCAAUGCGACCUAGACCCGAGCUGGGAAGACGAGGACCUGGUUGAAGCCACCUCGCGAGUCAUCAACCUGCUGCACGCCGCCAGCGUGGCCGUGAAGGUGGAUGCCAGUGACACCAAAAAGUUAAACCAUUUUACCGCUCCCGGAUUCUGCUACGUCUUUCCUGUACUCAAGUUAGGUUUAACUAAAGAACUGAGUGAAAAGGACGAAAUGACAAUGUUGAACGGGCUGGCGGUGAUCACGCACCACGUGUCGGCGCGGCCCCACCCGGACGACGCCGAGCUGCUGCACCCGGCGCUGUUCCCCAUGGACGAGAUAUUCCGACUGCUCAUAGAACUCAUCGAGAGCACGCGGCUGUGCGCGCAGGCGGCCUGCAUCGUGGCGCUGCUGGAGGCGGCCCGGUGCGCGGCGCGGGGGCCCCUCGCGCGGGACGACGCCGCCGCGCUGCUGGCCGGCCUGCGCAGCGAGAGCGAGGUGGUCCGCGACACGGUGCUGCAGGCGCUGCUGAGCCUGGCGGAGCGGCUGCCGCCCCUGCUGCAAGACGAAGACUACGCCUACUCCGUCGUCAAGCGGAUCCUGAUCGCCACCUUCGACGUAGUUGAAGACAACAAGAAGCUAGCCGUGGAGCUGUGGGAGCGCGUGCCCGGCUGCGAGCCCGUGUCCCGCGGCGCGCUGAUGGCGGACCUGGUGCUGGACGAGCUGCAGACCGCCUGUCUCCCGCUCCAGCGAGCAGCAGCCCUCGCCCUGGCGCACCUCGUCCUCCGCGGAGACGCUCCGUGCGACGUCCUGCUGCAGCGUCUACAGGACCUGUACGCUGAAAAGCUGCCCCUGAUCCCGGCCAAGCAAGACCAGUUCGGUCACGAGGUGGAGCCGGCGCUGGACAUGUGGGAGGGGCGGCGCGGCGUGGCGCUGGGGCUGGGCGCGCUGGCCCCGCGGCUGCAGGUGGGCGCGGUGCCGGCCGUCAUGCGCUUCUUCGUGGAGUGGGGCCUGGCCGACCGCCGCGACGACGUGCGCGCCGAGAUGCUCGCCGCCGCCAUGGCCAUCGUCGAGCUGCACGGGAAGGAUACGAUCAGCAGCCAGCUGCCGGUGUUCGAGAGGUUCCUGGACUCCGCGCCCAAGUCUGGCAGCUACGACGCGGUGCGGGAGGCCGUGGUGCUGCUGGUGGGGUCCCUGGCGCGCCACCUGGAGCCCGACGACGUGCGCCUGCGCCCCAUCGCGCUGCGCCUCGUCGCCGCCCUGUCCACGCCGGCUCAGCAGGUCCAGGAGGCGGUGGGCAACUGUCUGCCGCACCUGGUGACGUCACCGGCGCUGGAGAGCGAGAUCCCGGGCAUCGUCAACAAGCUGAUGAAACAACUACUCACCGCCGAGAAAUUCGGAGAUCGAAGGGGCGCCGCGUACGGCAUAGCCGGCGUCGUCAAGGGGCUCGGCAUCCUGUCCCUGAAGCAGCUGGACAUCAUGGGGAAACUCACAGAAGCCAUACAGGAAAAGAAGAACUACAAGUAUCGCGAAGGCGCGCUGUUCGGGUUCGAGCUGCUGUGCCGCGUGCUGGGCCGCCUGUUCGAGCCGUACAUCGUGCACGUGCUGCCGCACCUGCUGCUGUGUCUGGGCGACGGCUCGCAGUACGUGCGCACCGCCGCCGACGACACCGCGCGCCUCAUCAUGAGCCGCCUCAGCGCGCACGGCGUCAAGCUGGUGCUGCCCGCCCUGCUCAACGCCGUCAACGACGACAACUGGAGGACUAAAGCGGGGUCCAUCGAGCUGCUGGGCGCCAUGGCGUACUGCGCGCCCAAGCAGCUGUCGUCGUGCCUGCCGUCCAUCGUGCCGCGCCUCAUCGAGGUGCUGAGCGACUCGCAUCUGCGCGUGCAGCUGUCCGCCGCCGCCGCGCUCAAGGUCAUCGGCUCCGUCAUCAGGAACCCCGAGAUCCAAGCCAUCGUGCCGGUGCUGCUGCAAGCCCUGCAGGACCCGUCCAACAAGACGUCGGCGUGUCUGCAGACGCUGCUGGACACCAAGUUCGUCCACUUCAUCGACGCCCCGUCGCUGGCCCUCAUCAUGCCGGUGGUGCAGCGAGCCUUCCUGGACCGGAGCACCGAGACCCGCAAGAUGGCGGCGCAGAUCAUAGGCAACAUGUACUCGCUGACCGACCAGAAGGACCUCACACCCUAUCUCCCGAACAUCAUCCCGGGACUGAAAAGCUCUCUACUGGAUCCCGUGCCGGAGGUCCGCAGCGUCUCGGCGCGAGCCCUCGGCGCUAUGGUAAAGGGUAUGGGAGAGAGCAGCUUCGAAGAGUUGCUCCCGUGGCUGAUGCACACGCUCACCUCGGAGACCAGCUCCGUGGACCGCUCCGGUGCUGCCCAGGGACUCUCCGAAGUCGUCGCUGGACUUGGAGUGCAAAAAUUGCACAAGAUUAUGCCAGACAUCAUCGCCACGGCGGAGCGCACGGACAUCGCGCCGCACGUCAAGGACGGCUACAUCAUGAUGUUCAUCUACAUGCCCGGCGCCUUCACCGACGAGUUCACCCCCUACAUCGGCCAGAUCAUCAACCCCAUCCUCAAGGCGCUGGCGGACGAGAACGAGUACGUGCGCGAGACGGCGCUGCGGGCCGGCCAGCGCAUCGUCAACCUGUACGCGGAGUCCGCCAUCGCGCUGCUGCUGCCAGAGCUCGAGAAGGGCCUGUUCGACGACAACUGGAGGAUCCGCUACAGCUCCGUGCAGCUGCUGGGCGACCUGCUGUACCGCAUCUCCGGGGUCACCGGCAAGAUGAGCACCGAGACCGCCUCGGAGGACGACAACUUCGGCACGGAGCAGUCGCACAAGGCCAUCAUCACCGCGCUGGGCCCCGAGCGCAGGAACCGCGUGCUGGCCGGCCUCUACAUGGGCCGCAGCGACGUCGCGCUCAUGGUGCGCCAGGCCGCGCUGCACGUCUGGAAGGUGGUCGUCACCAACACUCCCAAGACGUUACGCGAGAUCCUGCCGACCCUCUUCGGGUUGCUGCUCGGAUGCCUCGCCUCCACCAGCUACGACAAGCGACAGGUUGCCGCCAGGACCCUGGGAGAUCUCGUCAGGAAGCUGGGCGAGCGCGUGCUGCCGGAGAUAGUGCCCAUCCUGGAGCGCGGGCUGCGGUCUCCGCGCGCCGACCAGCGCCAGGGCGUCUGCAUCGGGCUCGGGGAGAUCCUCGCCUCCACCUCGCGGGACGCCGUGCUCAGCUUCGCCGACGGAUUGGUGCCCACGGUCCGCACCGCGCUGUGCGACCCGCUGCCGGAGGUGCGGCUGGCUGCGGCGCGCACGUUCGACAGUCUGCACGCCACCAUCGGCAACAAGGCGCUGGACGACAUCCUGCCCUACAUGCUCGAGGGCCUGAAGGACCCCGACCCCGCCGUCGCGGACGCCACGCUCGACGGACUCAAACAGAUAAUGUCGAUAAAGUCGCGCGCGGUGCUGCCCUACCUGAUCCCGGUGCUGACGGGCGGCGGCGGCGGCGGCGUGGACACGCGCGCGCUGUCGGCGCUGGCGGCGGCGGCCGGCGGGGCCCUGGCGCGCCACGUGCCGCGCGUGCUGCCCGCGCUGCUGCACGCGCUGGAGGCCGCGCGCGCCACGCCGCACGAGGCCGCCGAGCUGGACCACUGCCGCGACGCGCUGCUGCCCGUCACCGACCCGCCGGGACUGCGAUGCAUUAUCGACACGCUGCUGGACACGGUCCGCUCCAGCGAGGGCUCCCGGCGCCGCGCCGCCGCCGUGCUGCUGUGCGCCUUCGUCGCGCACACCCGCGGCGACCUAGAGCCGCACGUGCCGCAGCUGCUGCGGGGCCUGGUGCUGCUGCUGGCCGACGACGACCGAGACGUGCUGCUCAUGGCGUGGGAGGCGCUCUCCGCGCUCACCAAGACGCUGGACGCCGAGCGGCAGAUCCAGCACGUGUCCGACGUGCGCCAGGCCGUGCGCUAUGCGGCCGCCGACCUCAAGGGGGAUCUCUUGCCCGGAUUCUGUCUGCCCAAGGGUAUAGCGCCGAUCCUGCCUCUGUUCCGGGAGUCUAUCCUAAACGGCUUACCUGAAGACAAGGAAAAUGCGGCGCUGAUGCUGGGCGAGGUCAUCAAGCUGACGUCUCCGGCCGCCAUACAGCCCUCCGUCGUACACAUCACCGGACCUCUCAUCCGUAUCCUCGGAGACAGGUUCAACUCUAGCGUCAAAGCUGCCGUUUUGGAGACCUUAGCCUCUUUACUCUCGAAGGUCGGGGUAAUGCUGAAGCAGUUCUUACCGCAACUGCAGACGACGUUCCUGAAGGCCCUCAACGAUCCCAACCGGCCCGUGCGGAUCAAGGCGGGCCUGGCUCUGUCACAACUGGUCAUCAUCCACACCAGAGCGGAUCCGCUCUUUGUGGAGAUGCACAACGGCAUUAAGAAUACAGACGACCCCGCCAUAAGGGAGACCAUGCUGCAAGCGUUGCGCAGCAUCAUCUCCGGCGGCGGAGACAAGCUAUCGGAGCAACUGGCGCUCAGUAUUCUGUCGACGCUGACGAGCCCCGCGCUCCUGGCGCACCCGGAGGACCCGCCCCGGGGAGCGGUGGGGGGCUGUCUGGGCGCCCUGCUGCACUGGUUGCCGUCCGCACACCACGACGCUGCCCUGCAACACCACGUCUUGGCACAAUCCGACGACUGGCUGCUCCAACACGGCCGCUCCUGUGCUCUCUUCGUGGCACUCAAGGAGACCCCGGCCUCUAUAUACCGCGAUCAUUACGAAGAAAAGAUAGACAAAACCCUGUUGGCGUACCUGGCCAGCGACAAGAUCCCGAUCGUCUGUAACGGUAUCCGCGGCAUCGGCUUCCUCAUGAAGUAUCUCCUCCAGAACGACAGGCCGCUCCCACAGAACAUACUUUCGCAAUUUGUCAGAAGCAUGAACCAUCAAAGCAACGAGGUGAAGCAGAUGAUGGCGCGGGCCAGCGGCGCCCUGGGUCGCGAGGCCGACAACCCGGAGCUCCUGCGUGCCGUGCUGCCCGCCCUCGUCAACGGCACCAAGGAGAAGAACUCGUACGUGCGCGCCAACGCGGAGUCCUCGCUCCGAACCCUGCUGCGGCUUCAUUCUGAACCAGACUAUUUCCAGCGAUGCGUGUCGUUCCUGGAGGAAGGCGCCCGUGAAGCUCUGUCUGAUGUAGUAGCGAGAGUAUUGCGUCGACCUCAACCCGACGGACGAGAUGAGGACCUGGACUGUACGCUCAUCACCUGAGCGCAGGCAUCAUAUUUUAAUGAACUAAUGUAAUAAAAUAAUUGUCUAAUUAAAUAGGUUUCGUAUUAAAAAAAUCAAUACCUUUU